AUCCGAUGCGGCACGUCCGCCAUGCACAAUUUUUCGCUUGACGCGCAUUUCAAUCCUUAUCUCAUCCCUCGUGGCCUCUGCUGGCCAUGCUUGUUCACAUAAUAUGAAGCACUUCUCCACGGUGUGCGAUUAUUAUGGGACAAACUCAAAGUCAAGAGUCCGAGUCUGCCUCGCCUCCAGAGUCUGAACCCGACGACCAAGAAUUUGACAUUUCUCAAAUCCCCGACGACCGAGACCACGCUUCGGCCCACAACUCUGAUGCUGGGCCUGAUCGCACUCCGGCACCUGCUCCUGAUGAAUCCGCAGGCAUGGCAAAGCGCUCCGGCCGCCACCACAGAGGGCAGACUCUGGCGGUGACACAGAGCGCGGAUGCAUCACGAAGAAAAUCCAAGAAGCGCAGUCGCAAGCGGCGGCUGUCGCAGAACAUACCGAGCGACGACGCGCUCAGCGAAGUCCCAAACCGCAAGUCCCCUCCUUUAACCCACGCUACAGAAAUAAAAUCCGACAGCCGACCCUUGAGAGAUACGGAACCAGAAACCUAUCACAUAUAUGCGACGUCGGAUGCAAGCGAUGCAGAAGAUGCGGAUAGCCAGAGACUUGUCGAGUCUAACGCAUUUGCGGCAGUCAAUGGAGGAAGUCAGAAGGAUGGAGAGGCUUUUGGCGUGCCUGCUACACAAGUGCCACCGCUCAGGGUGAACGAUGAAGGUCGGGUUCUAUGCCCUUUGGCGGAGGUCCACAACUGCAAAUUGACCUUCGGCUCGGGCAAGGCAGCCACGAGACAUGCCAAUGUCCACACGACGAGUUUUCAAUGUGGCGUUUGUGGGAAACAGAUGAGCCGAAAAGACACCCUCGCCAAGCAUAUGAAGCUGCACAGUGCAUUGCAGAUCGCAUCUGCUGAAGCCUUCUCAAAGCCGAAUGAAGAUCCUCUAGCCAAGAUGCCAGAGAGUUCCGAAUCUGCACAGCGGAACGUGUCAAAUGAGGUACACACCCAGGUCGAGGACGGAGAGCCGCCAGAAGAGGAUUCAAUAGAAUUUACGACUCAUCCAGAGAAGCUGGGAUCUAAGGAUCAUGGUCACAAUCUCGAUCUGGAUCCUCAGCCAGAGGGAAAUGACGGACUGGAGGUCGAGAUGAAUGAAGCUCCGCCUGAUGCCGAUGUCGCCGAAGUUGUGUCCGACCAACAGUCAAGCUCACCAUCCAGCGUCUUCGAUGAAGCAGAAGAUAUCAUUGUGAAAGAGACUCCGAUGCGGAAGGGGAAUCUCAAACGUAAACGGGACGCUGGAGAUGGUCCCCAACCCAAGCGACCAAGCCCAGAGAGAACCCGCAAACGAAGGAAGGGAACGCCCAACUCCCCGCCUACCUCCGUCCCCCCUAAUGAAACGACCAAGCCAGAUUCUCUGAAGUCAGGGGUGGCGGAUGCCCUUCAAAGCCGUCAAGUUACGGACAAGAUCGUCCCACGACUCCAGAAAAGGCAGGGGAGCAUGAAUGGCUGGGCUCAAAAAUACACACCAGGCUCAGGCCUCAGGCAUCCAACGCUCAAUCCAAAAUCACCACCCUCUCGCUCCGUUACGCAGCGGAUGGAAGUGGUCAUUCCGAAAACAAGCCAGGCUGGUCCUUCUAGCAUGAAGUCGAAGAAGAAAGACCUCGCGCUGGCGGACGCUGUAACGGGUGCCGACCGUGAGCGCUCUGAAGCUAAUGCCCUUGCAGGACUCAGCCGUAAGAAAUUAAGAAAAGCUCCUUAUGCGACACCAAAGGGCAAAAGGCGGGCAGAGCCUGAUGUGGACUACUCAACUCCGCUGAAAGAUUCUGCUGGCGGUGAGGUUGAUGUCUCUAACAGCGGCAGCGACAACGAACCUGUCGGCAUUGCAACGUCUGUUGCCAAAAGGACGUUUCCUGCGCCAAUAGCACAAAAACAAGGUCAGGAAGAGCACGAUGACUCGGACGUUGAUGCGGAUCCAACUAACAGGUCCGACGUCGAUUUAAGCGAAGCAGAAUCAGCCGAGAGAAUCGACAGAGUCACUAAAGCUCCGAGAUCCAAGCGAUCCGACAAUGGAGAUUCGCUCGAGUGCACCAAGUGUCACCGAAGAUUUGCAAACCGGGAUUUGCUCAAUAAACACUUGAAGAAACGCUCUGCGCAUGUGGGCUUGCAUAAGUGUCUGCAGUGUUCAGAAGAAUUCUGGGCGACCACUGCACUCGCCCAACACGAGAAGGACAUGGGCCACGGAAAGGGUAACGGCCUGCAAGGACGCACUGGCGCCUUCAGCCAGACCGAGGUCGCCAAGUUGAACGGGUGGAGAGAUCGGUUUUGCGAGCACCACAACAUCAGUCGGAUCCAGUUCAACGACAUGAUGACUGACACCAUGACGCGGGACAAAGGCAGCAGUUGGAACUGGCCGUUCAUUAAGCGAGCAGAAUUUCUGCAAGAGUAUCUCGGUGUUCUCCCAAAUCGGAACAAACGGUCGCUGCUGCGCUAUCGUGAACGAAACUUUCAGAAUGUCGAGGGGUCGAAGAACUGGACAGCUGAAGAUGAUAAGGACCUGAUUCGAUUGCACAAAGAACUAGGGCCAAAGUGGGCUGAGAUUGCAAAGAGACUGACGAGGACACUCGAUGCGGUCAGUCAACGAUGGCGGCAUAAAUUGCGAUACGGCGAAGUGGACACCGGUGAGUGGUCGAAAGCAGAGAACGCCAAGUUUCGCGAGAUCUUGGACGAGCUACGGCACGACUCGGACGGGAAGGAAUUGCAGGAUUACCGCAUCCCGUGGAACCAGGUCAGCGAAAGAAUGGGCACACGUUCCGCGCAGCAGUGCUCGAAUCAUUAUCGCGCUCGACAUUCGAAAAAGGAACGAGGCAGGUGGAUCAAGAUUGACGCCUUGGAGAAGAGCCUGGGGUCGAGUCGCAUUCUGACACCCUCGAAGAUGGAGUUGAGGCUAAGUGGAAAGACGGUGAGAACAAGAACUUCGAAGAAAGGUCUGUCGGAGGAGUAUAUUCUCGACGACGAUGACGACGAGGAUGGUGAUGAAGGUCCGGAAGAAGGGCAGGGAGAUGAUGAAGCUUCCGAGAACGACAAGUUGACAGAGGGUACUACAAAUGAGGACACUGGCAGUGAACGUGGGUCUGACUCUGAAGGAGACGUCGAGGUUGCGAACCAGUCGUCCUCGUCGGCCGAAGAUGGGUCGCCAGCUAGUGAGAUCUCUCACACAAGGAUUCCAGUAAUCACGAAGACGCCUGGUAAAACUCUGGGGUCAAGUCAACUCUUCGAGCAGACUCAAGCCAAUACUUCAGCACUGAAGCCUCCGCAAACUAGCGGCAGGAAGGCAAGACUGCAGGAAAGCCAGGAACGACCUUCGCCGAACAUUCCCAUCGAGCAGCGGCGACUGGAGUCGAGGUCUCCUUUGAAGGAAAUUCCUGUGCUGGAGAAUGGUGACUUGGCCCCCGAGCAGGAUGACGACGAGGACGAGAGCAAGAGCGGAAUGAGUGAUAAUGAGACAUCCGAUGACCGGGGCUCAGCUCAGCAGACUGAUGAGGAGCAAGACAUUACCUCUGAGGGUUCUGCCAAUGAAGACGAGGAUGUUGUCGUCGACACUGAGGCGGCAGAAACAGAAGAUGACGACGAUGACGAUAGCGACGACGAUAAUCCUGCAACCACGGAUGAAGACACGGACGAGGACGAUGGAGGAGACGAUGGAGACAACGUGGAUGAAGAAUCAUCCCCCGAGGAUGAGGAGGAUGGAGAGGAUGAAGAUUCUGAGGCGUCCGGUGAAAACAAGUCAAGUUUCAUGGACAGUAUCAACGAGUCUGCGAAACGGGCGAUGAUACGAAGCAGCCAGACUUUGAAGGGCCUCCCAGUCCCAGGCAUUGGCGGUCGUAACAAAGGAAAAUUGCACAAACUGGACCAAGAGGGCAGCGAUGAUGAGGAAUGAAGACGAAAGGGCUCCGUCGGCCGCCGAAGUCGUGUGGUCGAGAAGGUCGCCUCGAGACCACCCUAUAUACAGGGUAGUCCUUUAGUCACUGUCGACCAAACAUUGAUACGGUGCAACGACACCUUAGUAUAUGAUACCUCGGAUCAAAUUCCCAACCUUUA